CUGUACAGUCUUCCCGCGCCGGCAUGUUUAGUACAGAUCCCAGAAGACGCCGGGCCACUCACAAAGUCUGCAGCGCUUCUCGGGUCAGCAGUCUCUGCGCAGUGGGCACACCCGGCAUCACCUGUACUGUGUCUGCAGUACCCGCUCCCCAUCUCCUGUACUGUGUCUGCAAUCUCUGGUCAUCUGGUCAGUCUCUGGUCUCUCCUGUACUGUGUCCGCAGUCUCUGGUCAUCCCUGUACUGUGUCCGCUGUCUCUGGUCAUCUCCUGUACUGCCCACUGUACUAUGUCCGCAGUCUCUGGUCCCCACUACGUCCCCUGUACUACGUCCGCAGUCUCUGGUCAUCUCCUGUACUGUGUCCGCAUGUGCCUGCUCUCUGGUCAUCUCCUGUACUCUGUCCGCAGUCUCUGGUCAUCUCCUGUACUAUGUCCGCAGUCUCUGGUCAUCUCCUGUACUGCGUCCGCAAUCGCAGUCUCUGGUCAUCUCCUGUACUGUGUCUGCAGUCUCUGGUCAUCUCCUGUACUAUGUCCGCAGUCUCUGGUCAUCUCCUGUACUGUGUCCGCAGUCUACUGGUCAGUCUCUGGUCCCCUGUACUGUGUCCGCAGUCUCUGGUCAUCCUCUUGUACUGUGUCCGCAGUACCC